CCUCUGUUACGACCGUCGUUUCCAAUUGACUGCGUUUGUAUGAUGGAGGCGUGAGCAGCGACAAAGGAGAGCGAAACAUGGGCGAGAGAGAGAGGAGGGGAUAUACAGUGAACGUGCGUCUGAUUAGUAAAAAAAAAAACUGUACGCGCGAGUAUGACUCGGAUGGCUUGGUAGCAGACUAGAAGGAGAAUGCGUGGACGAAACAGUGCGACUGCGAAAUAGACGCACAGGCGCAAGUAAAUUGCUUUCGGGUUAGGGUGGUAUGAGAUUAAUUGGUUCGAGGAUCGCGGGCAGUGCCACCAGCCUCAAGCAGCAGUCUCGCAUAUACGAAAAACAAGGGACCUAGCUUUUCCGUCGCAAAACAUAACCGCCAACCGCAGAGGAAUCUAUAGACAUCUAUGGGAGUCGAAUGAAGCCACCCAGAACGUUACUGUUGGAUCCGUUGGACCUCCCUCGUCAUUGAUUGAAAUCAGGUUUACGGAUUACAGAACCAAACAUUGAUGAAUUGUGUGCCUUUCAGAAAUUUGCGUGUUGGAGUGUUUCUUUUGUCAGACGCGACCUGAAAAACUUCUACAAUGGCUUUGGUCAUGGAGCCGGUGAGCAAGUGGAGUUCGAGUCAAGUGGUAGACUGGAUGAAAGGCCUGGAUGACUGUUUGCAGCAGUACAUUAAGACAUUUGAAAGGGAGAAGGUGGGUGGAGACCAGCUGCUUCGAAUCACCCACCAGGAGCUGGAGGACUUGGGAGUGUCCCGCAUCGGACACCAGGAGCUCAUCCUGGAGGCUGUGGACCUACUCUGUGCCCUGAAUUACGGUCUGGAAACAGAGAAUUUGAAGACUCUAUCCCAUAAGCUGAAUGCCUCAGCCAAGAACCUGCAGAACUUCAUCACAGGGAGGCGUCGCAGUGGUCACUAUGACGGCCGUGCCACCCGCAAGCUGCCCAACGACUUUCUCACCUCCGUGGUGGACCUCAUUGCUGCGGCCAAGAGCCUGCUGGCAUGGCUGGAUAGGUGCUACUUCUUUUUCAGGUCCCCAUUUGCAGCAGUGGCUGACUACUCCAUGACGAGGAACAAUGUCAUUCAGCUGUGUCUAGAACUCACCACGAUUGUGCAGCAGGACUGUUCUGUGUACGAGACAGAAAAUAAGAUUUUGCAUGUGUGUAAGACGCUUUCUGAAGUGUGUGAUCACAUCAUCUCUCUGUCCUCUGACCCAAUGGUGUCCCAGUCAGCCCAUUUGGAGGUGGUUCAGCUGGCCAACAUCAAGUCAACAGAGGGACUGGGCAUGUACAUUAAAUCGACAUAUGACGGUCUGCAUGUCAUCACUGGAACAACAGAAGGAUCUCUGGCUGACCGCUGUAAGAAAAUCCAUGCAGGCGAUGAAGUCAUCCAGGUCAAUCAUCAGACAGUGGUGGGCUGGCAGCUGAAGAACUUGGUGAAUUCUUUGCGUGGGGACCCCGGCGGUGUUACACUGACUCUGAAGAAGCGCCCACAGAGCACGCUCACAUCCACCCCGGCACUGCUGAAGAACAUGAGAUGGAAACCCUUAGCCCUGCAACCUAUCCUCCCUCAAAGCCCCGGCAGCAGUGUGGCCACCCCCACCAGCACCCUUAGCACUCCGUCCAGAAGGGACAGCUGUGCCCUGCAGGACCUCUUCAUCCCCCCGCCUCCUGAUGAACCAUACACCCCGAGUUUACCCACACAGUCAGUGUCAACUCUCAACUCUCGCCGUGGUCUGUGCUGCAGAGACGACAAGGGAAAUCUACCAGGUGACGACGACCAAGCUGACAUCCCGGUGGCCAAAGGCUCUGAAUCUCCCAACUCCUUCCUCGAUCAGGAGUGUCGGCGACGUUUCCCUCUGGCGGAGGAGGAUGCUGUUCUCUACUGCUACGAGUACGACCAGAACCACGGCCCUCCACCUGUCCGUAGAGACAGCACCCCCACUUAUGGCAGGCUUAGGCCCAUCUCCAUGCCAGUGGAAUAUAACUGGGUGGGAGACUAUGAAGACCCGGCCAAGCUGAAGAGAGAGAGCAGGAGAGAGAACUCCCUGCUGCGUUAUGUGAGUCAAAAUGAAGACAAGGCAAUGCCAGAAGAGUACCUGACAGGACGCAGCCGGAAAAAGAGUGACAAGGGCAGCCCCGCCCACUACGCUCUCCUCCCUGCCCUCCAGAUGGAAGUGUCCAUGUCUACCUCGAGCUCAGACUCUGCCUCCCUCUACCAUAUGUUUGAACGAUCUUCACUGCUCUCCAGGUCUAGGAAGAAGAGCAAAGUAGGUGGUUCCCUGUCCUCGAUUAGUAAGAGACGUAUCUCCUGUAAGGACUUGGGCCGGGGGGAAUGUGAGGGCUGGCUGUGGAAAAAGAAGGAUGCUAAAAGCUACUUCUCCCAGAAGUGGAAGAAGUACUGGUUCAUCCUGAAAGACACCUGCUUAUACUGGUACAUGAAUGAGGAGGAUGAAAAGGCAGAGGGCUUUGUUAGUCUCCCAGAAUUCAAGAUUGAUCGCGCGUCUGAGUGCCGCAGGAAGUAUGCUUUCAAGGCCUGCCACCCAAAGAUCAAGAGUUUCUACUUUGCAGCGGACAACAUGGAUGACAUGAACAGGUGGCUGAGUCGUCUGACCAUGGCAGUGGCAGGUUACUCGGAGCAGGAGAGGAUCCGACAGGACCAGGACUACUGGAGUGAAAGUGACCAUGAGGACAUGGAGAUGCCUUCAACCAUGCCCAAACAAGACAGCCCUCCUCCUCCUUACGACACCUACCCCAGGCCCCCCUCAGUGUCCCAGAUGAGUCCCUAUCCAGAGCCCAAACACGGUCGUCUGUCCUCUUCUGAGACCUUCCAGUCACGCUCCUCUCACGAGGAGUUCCACCCUGAUCCACAGGAGGGCGGCGGCGGCUCCCCCGGCCAGAAGUCCUCCAGCCAACGGCGUUCGUGGCAGGACCUUAUCGAGACACCUUUGGGCAGCACGGGGCUCCACUACCUGCAGACCCUGCCCCUGGAGGAGGCCCUGCUGCGCUCCCCUGGAGGAGGCGGUCUGUCUCUGGAAUACCGCCGCCAGUCAACACUUCCUGCCCAGCGCAGCCUCCUGCAAGAGCACUAUGGGCCUCUGCCCCUGCAGCUCAGCCCCAGUGUCCCCCUAGAGGCUGGGGGGAAACCCCGGAGCUUCACCCUCCCCCGGGACAGUGGCCUUCAUGCCAUCCUCUCUGCCUCGGCCAGCACUUCUGACCACAGGGACCACCACCGCUAUCAGCUGUCCAGAGACACAGGUUGUGAACGGGAAGAUCGUCCCCAGGCUGACUCUCUGGGGGACCUGUACCGGGCCUUGGAGAGAGCCAACCUGUCCUCCAUGGGUGACCACCGGCCCUCCGCUCGCCUGGAGUACAAACGCUCCUUUGUCCGCCGCAUCAACGAUCCGCUGCUCAGCGAGAAGCUGCACCGGCUCCGCCUACUACAGAGUGCCCUCAAGAAUGCCCCUGUUCAGGACUCAGACUCGUCCAUGGGGUUUUUAGGGUAGCCUGUGUGGAACCCAGCAGCCCCAUCACAAUCACCCCAUUCAUCCUGCCGGAGGACGUGUCCUUACUCCAGUCUUUUCCUCGUCUCUGACUGACAACCAGUGUAACCCCCCCCCACACACACACACACACACACACUCUCACACUCAGGGUGCGAAUUAUACCGUGACAUUCAGGCGUCUUUUUAGUUUUUUUUAUGUUACUAAUAUUAUUUAUUGGCUAGUAGUAAAGACAUAUUAAUAAAUGAUCUUUUAAAAACGAAGUUACACAAACACUGCUAAUGGGGAGGUUUUCAUCGUAUCGUCAAACAAAACUUAAAUAAAAGUAAAAAAUAAUUCCUGCAUCCAAAUUGUACACCAUGCUCCAAUCACAAACAACACUAAGAUGUGUGAAGGCACAAAAUGAUUGUCUGGGUCUACAGUCUCGUAGCCUGAAUUAAUUGAUGAGUUUUGCUGGUAGAAAGAUCUUUUUUGUAAAACAAAAGGUUGGGCCACCCGAAAAGGUGCUGAAUUAUGAAACUGUCUGGGAUCAUGUGGGAUCUUGUGAAACGAUAUUGUUUAAACAAUGACACAGAAAUGGGGGUGUUGAUUUAAUUCGGAAUAAGCUUAUUAUUUUAUUGCAGAAUUAAAAGCUGUAGCAAUUGGAAUAUUAAAGGAAAAAGGAUAAUGGUUAUUUCAAAUUUAAAGCCUUUUUUAAUUCGCACUCUGCUCUCCCUUGAUCUUCCUCUCUGCCCGCACAACCCUCUAAGAACCUUUUCCCUUUCAGUAUGGUUUGUUCAGUGAGCAACAUAAAUGAUUGGAUGAGACUAUCCAAAUGUCAUCGCUUAAUGCAUGUUCAUUUUAUUUACUUACUCUUGUUCAAUAAUAGUAUUUUUCAAAUUUCCAUUCACAAUGUUAGAACAUAAUAUGCAGUGGAAUGAGGCUAGAAUCAGAUCAGGGCAAACAAAGGUAUAGCUUCGUAUUGCUUUGGUUUAAGCGGUUUUAUGAUUAUGCCUUAUGGAUUUGCCAGCUCAUAAUGACAGGUGACAUCACUUUGGCAAAACUAAAUUGAAGGCCCAAUUCAGUUUUUCCUCAAUUAUAAAUAAUACCUGGAAAACAAUAACUUGCUGCAAUUAUUUAUAAAAAUUUUAAUGAAUAAAAAGCUAGUUUGAAUUUUUUGAAGUUGUCUAAGUGAUGAGAGGGAGGGAUAUAAUUUUCUGAGGGGAACUGAUUUUUUAAAAUAAAAUACAGUAUAUGAAUGUUGGAGUGUAACUGGAAACCUUUUCAUUCUGAACCAAACAGACAGCUUGGUUCUGUCUGCACUUUAAAACCAAAUACAGUUAAUGAAAAAUAAUUCUAAAUGAAAAUAUUACCGGAGCGGUAGGUACAUUUAUAUUCGUAAUUAUUGUAUCCUUGAGUCACUUUAAAAACUUCACUCAUAAUGCCAUUUUGGGUAUAGCGUACUUGUUAGUCACGCCAGUGAACAUCAAGGGUCUACCUGUAUGUUUUGCCAAAAUAUUUUUGUUGGAAAUUGUUAGUGAAAAAAUGUUUGUGUUGACAGUGCAGAAAGAACCAAGACAUCCUGUACCACGGUUCGCUACGAAUGUGUGUACCAUAAUACACACCUAUCAUGAACUAUGUCACGGUCCAGCACAGUCUCAGCAAUGUGUUGUACCUAAGAACAGCCCUUAGUCUUGGUAUAUUGGCCGUAUACCACACACCAUCAUGCCUUAACUGCUUAAAUAUAUCCCUCACAUUACUAACUGGGGAUGACCCUUGUCUACAGGCCUGCUCUUACUUCUCAAUGCAACAACAGAAUUUAAGAAACCAUAUAAAUGGAGAUACUGUAUAUAUUAUAAUAUCUUAUUUGUUGCUUUAAAUUCAACUAUAUCCACAAUGAAUGGUCUGUGUUAAUCAAGGUAAAAAUCUCAGUCAGCCUACGUUGCUUGCUCACUCCAUACUGCCUCACAUUUCAGAUGCUUUUUGGUAAACAAACGGAAAGUACAUUCAAAAAGUGUAAUUUGAAUAGAUUUUUCAAGCACACUUUGACAGCAUUGCUGGCUAUUGAGCUUUCAUAUGUUGAGUAGGUGCAGAUCUCUGUGCAAAACACUCAAUGAAAAAUAUAGAUUUUUGUUAUGGUUGACCACCACAAUAUUUUUACAUAUUAAACUUUUGGAUGCACAAUAACAAUACAUUUUAUGGAAAGAAUUAGUUGCUAUUUGAUUCACACACCAUAAAAUAGGUAGAGCAUGUGAGCCCUAUUAGGAGGUUUUUCUAUAAUUUGUUACUUCUUCAAAAAAGUUAGGGUUAGGGUUAACCCUAACCCUAUUAUCCACAGUUGAGUUCUCCCUUUUUGAAUUAGUCUAAUGUAAGUUUUCCUUGGAAAUACAAGUUGGGAAAUGUAGGUGCAUUGUAGUAUGUUUUUGCCCGAUAAUGAUCUUCCUCAGUUUAAGGGAUGCUCACCAAAUUGUCUUGACCAAAAUGAUUCAAGUAGCUUUUUCCUAUUGAUAGCCAAUUAAUUGAGGAGGCUGACAAAUAUGAGGCAAUUAUACACCCACCUCUCCCCUUUUCUUCCCAUCUCUGAGUUUCUGUCCGCCCUAACUCUCUCUCAGAACAUUGUCUUUGAAGGACAUUGUUGUUUGACUUAUUUAAGGAGGCAGUCAUCACAUCCACAGCCUUUUUUGGUUUGAUGAUCUUGGAUGUGUACAGCAAUCUGAAAGACUGGACUAGUCUUCAACUCAGUGCUCUCCUGCAUGGCCAUGUUAGAACCUUCUGCUUUUGUACAGUACUGUCUGUUCCCAAGACUAUGCCGGGGUUGUGUACAGUAAAAGUACUCUUAAAUAAAUUAUAAUAAGCUAUUGUAUUUUUGAUGUCUACAAUGUUGAUGUUAUGCAUGUGUGAAUGGUAAAUGAGUACUGGUAUGUAUGUCUGUGUGUAUAUAUUUAUUUCCUAAACUGGAUUAGGACAACACAAAAUGUAAGGUUUUCAUUUCAGUGUUUCAUUUCAACUUCAGUCUCAGAUAUUCUGAAAGUAUUAACACUACAAGGUUGGGUGAACAUACGUUAUUGAUGGCUGUAGGGUGGAAUUUCUGUCUUAUAAUGAACAAAAACUAGCGAAUAAAUACAGAUAGGCCAACAAAUGAGACCUGGCAAUAAACCAGUAUUGUAAAUUGUGAAUCAUUGAUCAGAAACAUGUGUCUAUUUUUGUAUGCAUGCUGUCUAUCCAAAUGUUUGUAUAUGGUUUUGUAUUUCAAGGUGAGUGUGUGAUCUAAAGACUGCUAGUGUGAACCUAUUGUCCACAUUGAACAUGUAUUUCUAAGACAUUUUACAUUUUAAGUAAAAGCAACAGAGGGAAGUGUUAGUUUUGGAAGUGUUGUCUGCAGAAAGGUAAAUCAUUGUAUUUAUAAACUGUUCAAUGUUUGAGCAUGCUUUGUAUAACUAUAUACAUAGUAUAACAAGAAUACCAUGCCAUUUGAAAUCUAUAGAAGUCGCACAUGUUUGCUGUAUCGUGGACAAUUUAAUUUUUUUAUUAAUAAUAAACAAUGGCUUGUCCAUCUCA